ACAUUUGCUUCCCUCUCAUGUUCUCAUCCGAUGGUGCAACUACAUAACAAGCUGUAUUAGAGAGAAUGUCAGCGAGGUUUGAGGGCUGAAAUUCAAGCAAAACAUCAAGCAACAUCAUGAGGAGCCGUAGUAACUCUGGGGUGAAACUCGACAAUUAUGCGCGGAUGGUUACGAAAACAAUACUACGUCACCAGGAUCCGGUGACGGGGCUUCUCCCAGGGGACCCGGAGAACCACCAUGCCUGGGUCCGGGACAAUGUUUACGGCAUCCUGUCUGUGUGGGCCCUCAGCUUGGCCUACCGCAAGAAUGCUGACCGAGAUGAGGACAAGGCGAAGGCCUACGAGCUGGAACAGAAUGUCGUUAAACUCAUGAGGAGCCUGCUGCAGUGUAUGAUGAGGCAGAUUGACAAAGUGGAGAAGUUUAAAUACAGCAAGAACAAAUCUGACUGCCUGCACGCCAAGUAUGAUUCCCAGACAACUGCCACGGUGGUGGGAGACGAUGAGUGGGGUCACCUGCAGGUGGAUGCCACCUCCAUAUUCCUGCUCUUCCUGGCCCAGAUGACUGCAUCAGGCCUUCACAUCGUCUACACUCGGGAUGAGGUGGACAUCAUCCAGAAUCUUAUGUUCUACAUCGAGGCUGCAUAUAAAGUGGCAGAUUUUGGCAUGUGGGAACGUGGGGACAAGACAAACCAGGGGAUUCCGGAGAUCAACGUCAGCUCAAUCGGCAUGGCAAAAGCUGCACUUGAGGCCCUGGAUGGCCUCAAUCUGUUUGGCGCCAAUGGGGGUCAUGAAUCGGUAGUCCAUGCGUUAGCUGACGAUAUUCAGCGCUGCACGUCAAUCCUUAGUUCCAUGUUGCCAAGAGCUUCCACAUCCAAAGAAGUGGAUGCUGGGGUUCUGUCCAUUAUCUCGUACCCAGCGUUCGCUGUGGAAGAUAUUGACAUCGUUAAUAUGACCAAGGAGGAAAUCAUUUCCAAGUUGCAGGGGAGAUAUGGAUGCUGCAGGUUCCUCAGAGAUGGACACAAAACCCCCAAAGAGGACCCCAGUCGCAUAUAUUAUGAGUCAUCUGAGCUGAAGCUCUUUGAGAAUAUUGAAUGUGAGUGGCCACUUUUCUGGACUUACCUCAUUCUGGAUGGGAUCUUCAUCAACAGCCCUGAGCAGGUGCAAGAAUACAGAGAUGCCCUGGAGGCUAUUAUGAUCAAACAGAAGGAUGGCCUUAGCCUGUUGCCUGAGCUCUAUAGUGUCCCUGCAGACAAGGUAGACGAGGAGUAUGAGAAUCCCCAUUCUGUAGAGAGAGUUCCCAUGGGCAAGUUACCUCUGAUGUGGGGACAGUCUCUGUACAUACUGGGAAACCUGAUGGCUGAUGGUUUUUUAGCCCCAGGAGAGAUUGAUCCUCUGAACAGACGGUUUUCCACUGUAUCCAAACCUGAUGUUGUGGUUCAAGUGUCCAUCUUAGCUGAGACGGACCACAUCAAACAUCUGUUGAUGAAACAAGGGAUAGAUGCUGAUACCUUGGAGGACAUCCAUCCUAUCAGAGUCCAACCCUCCAGGGUGUUGAGCCACAUCUAUGCAAGGCUAGGUCGCAACCAGAGACUAGGCCUCACUGGGAGACCAUACAGACGCAUUGGCACUCUGGGGACAUCAAAAUUCUACAUCAUCCGUGACACUGUCUUCUCCUUCACCCCUCAGUUCAUUGAUCAUCAGGAAUUCUACUUGGCGUUGGACAACCACAUGAUAUUGGAGAUGCUGCGCAAUGACCUUUCCUACCUGGCUUCCCGCUGGAGAAUUACCGGCUGUCCCACGGUCUCCUUCCCCAUCUCAUCCAAUAUGCUCACUGAUGACCACAAAGAGCUGGACCCUGCAGUACUAGCCGUUCUGAGAAAACUGCAGGAUGGUUACUACGGCGGAGCAAGGGUUCAGACAGGGAAACUGUCCAAGUUCAUGAAUACUUCCUGUUGCUCUCAACUGUCCUUCAUGGACGAUGAGGUGGAUGACCUGGCUCAGUAUCUGGACCAGUUGCUGUCCAUACCGAAACACAGCGAAAAGAUCAGCUCCCAUAAAGGCGGUCUGAACCGCUUCCGGGCGUUGGCCAGAAAGACCCGUGAGAUGGUCUCACUGGUGCACAAAGCACGGGAGCUCGACAUCCACAACGUGCACAUGUACCUCCCAACCAAACUGUUUCGCUCCCGUCAGCCAAACCUCCACCUGGUGGAUGUGGAUGGCAGGAGCUCCAAUGCCACACCUCCAGCCCAGAUGAAUCUGCCCAGGGACACGACUGGAGCUAUAGACUACCAGGCCCUGGUGCAGGUGCUGAAGCAGACCCAGAACCUUCAGGAUCAGGCCGACAUCCUCUACAUUUUCUUCAAAGACAAGGGUAUGGACUGGGACACUAAGCUGCACGGUAAAGGCUCCACUGUUAGACGGCUGCUGAGCAGUCUGUACGACAAGGCUGGGAACCUGAAACUCUGGGGCCUCGUCCGCAUGAUCUCUGGCAUGCUCCGGAAGAAAGUGGAGGAGCUGGAUGAGGCCUGUUCAGAUCUGCUGGCCCACCAGAAGCACCUGACAGUGGGUCUCCCCCCUGAGCCAAGGGAGAAGACCAUUUCAGCCCCCAUGCCCCCUGACAUGCUGGCAAAGCUAAUUGAUGUGGCCAGUGAAAAUAAUCUGACCAUCGCCAUUCUCACUCAGGAGAUUAUGGUGUUCCUGGCAAUGUGUAUCCGCACCCAGCCAAAACUCUUCAGUGAGAUGUUCCGUCUCAGGAUCGGACUGAUCAUCCAGGUCAUGGCUACUGAGCUGGCCCAGUCUCUCAACUGCUCUGGCGAGGAGGCCACGGAGUGCCUGAUGAACAUGAGCCCUUCAGAGCUAAAGAACCUCCUGCACCACAUUCUCAGUGGGAAAGAGUUUGGCCUGAUGAAGAGUGUGCGUUCGGGUGCAACAGGUACAGACUCCAUUGCCAUCCAGGAUAUUUUGCCUAACUCUAAGAGUGUGGGCGGUAGCAAACAUCAGAGUAAAGUGAGGAAGCUGUCCUUAUCCGUGCAUUCCCUUGACAUCGAGCACAUUGAAUCAGGGCGGUACAGACUCCCAUCCAUCGAGUCGUUGCAGAGCGCUACAGAAAAGAUGGCGGUGAGAGACAGCCGCCAUGGCCAGUGGUUACGUAGGAGACGUCUAGACGGAGCCCUCAACAGAGUCCCUGUCGGCUUUUACCAGAAGGUCUGGUCCAUCCUCCAGAAGUGUGACGGUCUAUCUAUUGUGGGGUGCAUUCUCCCAGCGUCAACCACAAGAGAGAUGACCCCCGGUGAGAUCAAGUUUGCAGUGCACGUGGAGACGGUGCUGAAUCGCGUGCCCCGGCCAGAGUACCGCCAGCUGCUGGUGGAGGCCAUACUGGUGCUCACCCUGUUGGCCGAGGUGGAGCUGGAGAGCAUCGGCAGUGUCAUCCAUGUAGAUAAGAUAGUCCACAUGGCCAGUGAAAUGUUCUACCACGACCAGAAAGUGCUGGGGGCUGACGACACCCUUCUGGAGAAAGAUCACUCCAAUGGGAUCUGCAGGCUGCUGUAUGACAGCGCCCCUAGUGGCCGCUACGGCACUAUGACCUACCUCUGCAAAGCUGUGUGCACCUACACCCAGGACUUCUUGCCAAGCGGUGCAUGUGCCAUCCAAUGAGCUUCUAUUAGUCUGUGCCCUCCAAUUAGCUAACAGCAACACAUACUGUAGUAGGGCUCAGAACCUGAGAAAGGCUGAUUUUUAUCUAGUCACCUGACCUUUUCAUCAUGGAGUUGAAUUUGUUUUGAUAUAUCCCAGCAAGCCUGUGCCUGACAUGAACAAAUCGUUGUGAGGGGUCCCAGUAUUUUAAAUACUAACUUCCUCUGAUAUGGCAGAUUAUUCUCAGAAAAAUUAAUGAAGAUAGGUUUCCAGACUUGUUAUUUACAGCAGGUAGAUAUUUCUUACCAUAAAGAUGGUGCAGUGAUUCUAUGUCAAGAGUGAGCGGUUGUCGCAACACUAGUGGUAGUGCUGCUUUUGAAAAUGAUAAUUUUCCUAUUGUGAUGUGACAGGUGUACUGUAUGGAUCUUUGAUUAAUACAGCAUAGUGGCAAUCUUG